GGUGUCGUACGCACGCGCGCGCGCUGCGCUUCCUUUCUUAGUCGAAGCAAACGCGCUGAAGAAGACAUGUGGUUCGUUAGUACGGUACAGUAACGUUCGCGUCUGUGUACGGUACUCCCUUCAAUAUCACGUGCGCUUCCUCCUCCGGAAAAACAAGUACACUCGGGUAAGUGAAGGACUUCCUGCACGGGCCAUGUCACACCCGGCCUCGCGUACAGCUUCGAGUACCGUGGUUCACCGAAGAAGCGAGCGCAGCUGGCCAAGCGGCUAUCUCCCUAGUUUCUCGCUACAGCGAACGGCGUUGAGGUAGAAACUGCAAGAAUCUCGUCGAGCCACCGUUCCUUCAAGGUUAAGCGGUGACGAAAGCGCUCCAAGCGGCCGACGACGUCACUUGAAGACAGCAGACAUUGUUCAUCGUGGUCACACUGCUCGUCGAAACAAGCUACGUUGUUCGCCACGCAGUCAUCGCCUCGGAGCUGUUUACUGCGUCCUUCAGGGAGUGAGUCUGAAAAGUGAUCGAUUUGAUGUUUCCGUCCAUUGGGCUACGGUAGCUUGCCGAGUGGUCAACGUCUUUGGAUGCGCGAACUCUCCACCGACACAAUGUUGUGCUGAACGUCUACGAUCACCUGUCUCCGAGAAAGAGCACCCCUGGAAUCAUCCACUACAUAGUGUAUGUACUGAGCGAGUCCGAAAAGCCAUCUUUUUCGCCGCGUUGGCUAAGUCAGCGCACCAAACGGCCGACGUCUCAGGAGACCAGAGCCCCUCAUUCCCCAGACUGCAUCGUCAUAGCCGUUACUCUCGCAGACGUAUUCAACGCCUCAAACUUGCCUCUUCGAAGAAUAUCUACGGUUAUAGGUCGCCAACUGCGAAGUACGCCGAGGCGAGGUUCAGAGUGUGCGCAUCAAAGUUACGUCAGAGGGCGCCCCGCGCACGAGACUUGUAGGCCAGCUGCGCAGUAAAAUCGCCGAAUGAGCGAACGUAGCGGCGAAAACGUUGUUGACGUCGUUCAUUCAGGCCCGUGGCGGAAGCACAACGCAUGCGCAGACACGCGAAGGGCCUUUUUUGAGCCUCUCUGUCUUCAAGCGCUUGUUACUCUUACAUUAGUGAAAUGAUUCACCACGAGUACAGCCCUCCGUAUUCUGAGGUCGGCAUUUAAAGGGCAGGUUGAACUACGAAUGCAUUCGUGAAAACGUAGACAGCUGUUACUUCAAAUGGAAACAAAAGAAAAAAACUGAGCUCAUAAAGGAGAGUGGGAAAGAUCAUCGUGUUUAGGAGCUCUGCGUAGAACUAGCAUGAACGGAAGGGCCUCAGACGGCUGUUGUUCUUCAAACGCACUUGCCGGCUGGUGCUCUUUAUCAUUUUUGACGUCCUUUACACGCAUACGUGCCUUUUACUUGUUUGACACUAGUACGUUAAACUUACUCGUCAGGUUCGAGUUGUGAAUUCACGCUUUCACUAGCCCUUCAUCUCACCCACAUACCUGUGUUGUGACGCAAAGCCUGAUAGUAAUGGACAUUCGGAUCCUGCAAAAGCACUACAGAAGUAAAGUGGCAGUAAACUCCGAAUGUGUCAUAACCAAAGAGCGGUUAGUUAGUAGAGGUCAUUACACUUUAGUUACGUGCAUCGCUGUACAUGAUCUAGCUUCGCAAAGCAGCCAGGAGUCAACGAACUUCGUUGCGAAAUCGCCACACUAGUCAGUAACUGAGCAGCUCGAAAAAAACGAAAGAAAUGAAGCGUGACGUCACGCGAAGCUGACAUUUUUCCAUAAGUAUUGCACGGUUAGUUGUGUGAACCUGAAACGUGAACGAUUUUCUCCAGACAUUUGCAACAACCCACGCCUUCAAUGAAAAUGGGAAAGUUACUGACCUCAUCCGUUACUGACCUUUCUUCUGCCAUAACUUUAGUGGUCUGUAAACUGCAUACCACCUCGUGACACUCUGUGGGGGUGCCAAUAGCCUGACGGAGCCUGUCUUUCAAAGGUUGCUAUGAAAUAGACCAAAUGUAUACAAGGCGAGAAAGGAAAAUUGAAAGUUUUCAAUCUGAGAUGCCGUUAUAAGGAGUCAACGAAUCGUUGAACAUUCGACAGGAGCCAUUGCUCAUUGAAUCCAAUAUUUGUGGUCGUUCUUUUCAGUCUCAAUGUUUUUUUUUUCAUAUUUUGACGUUCUUUACGGGAGCAUCAAUAGCUACGCCACGCAAGUCAGCAAAGUGUCGUUGCCAAAGCCUACCAAGUAGCUCCGGCGAGGUGAACGCAUUGGAGUCGCUGUCUUUCAUAGUGACGUCACACCCUUUUGAAGGGGUUAUAAAACCUGUAAAGUAAGGGCCGGCGGCGGGCGUGUAAGAAGAAGCUGACGCAAAGAGAGUUCAGAAGCGACCGCCAGCACUAUCUGCCUCUUCUUUUUUAUAUAAAAUCUUGACGGUCAUGAAGGCGCUUUAUGAUACACAACACGUCCGCAGCGGUGAUUCAGACGACACUUUUUCGGAGUGAACGACUCCGUAUUCCGUCCUUUCAAUCGCCCGAGCAAUAUUUUUUUUUUCAGUUCACAACGGGAUACUGACCUGCCGUUACGACGUGUUUACAGAGAAAGCCUAUCAAGUGAGAAAAAAAAAGGGAGGGCGAUGGCACCACACUUCCGCUGAGUUGAUUUAUUGAGUCCUCAUUUUCUAUUCAAGUGGAAGACUGUCCCAGGAGGACCAGCGAAUGACCUCCGAAUUGAGUGGCAGUUGUCACUCGCAUCUUCAAGGAGUCAAGGCGAUGUCAUGUUGUGCUGAUUUUUUUUUAUUUCCAUAGGGUCCACAGGAAAUGAACAUUGGCAUCGAUUUGAAGGUCACUGCAUAGCCAUACUUCUUUAAUACUCGUAUCUUAUCGAAGUACCCUCGAAUACACAUCAAAUGUAUAACACCUCACGUGUUUGUAAGGAGAAACACUGGUGUUGAUUGUUUUAUUUCCUUCUGCGUAGAAGACUUUAAUGAUAACAACUUAGCCCACCGAACCGACUACUUGAACUUCGCAGCAUACUUGAGUAGUCACUAACUACUACGUGCCUACAUUUUUUUACUACGUGAAAGAAAGAUCCGCUUUAUUCAAUAAACAAGCCAAGCUGACCAGAGCGCAUGGACGAAACGACGGCAAAGGAUUCCACUCGUAAUUCAUCUCUGCUACAGUGUAGUCACGUGCAAAUAUCGAGUGUCGUCGAGCGGUUCUGGUGCAGUGCGACGGUGUAUGUGUGCCAAUCUGUUCUCGAGUGGGUGUUGCCCCGAUCUGUUCCGGCUCGCCCCCGGUGUAGUGACGCAAUGGGACAUGUGGUCCACGCCAUUUCGCAGGACGUCCGGAAGCUACAACUUCGUGGUCACCUCAGUGGCUUCAAGAAAAGCAAUCCAGGGAGAAGUCAAACUCCCCGCCGAGAAUGGAGAUACGAGGCAGUACCGUGCCACACCUGACUGGGGGGAAAGUGCUAUCAAUGGGGACCACUUAUGGACAGCCACUAGUGCCUCUGGGGAUCUCUGUUACGUGGGAGAGAGUGAAUGCUCAAAACAUGGACCCCGGAUGAAAUGCCCAGCUUGUAAAAUAACUGUUCAUGCCGGAUGCAUUAGCAUUUUAAGUGAUAAAAUGAAGUUUCAGUGUAAGCCAACAUUCAGAGAUGUCGGCAUCAGACAAUACCGAGAGCAAACUGUGAUUCAGCACCACUGGGUACAUAGGCGCUACGAGAAAGGCAAGUGCCAACAGUGUAGCAAGUCCUUUCAGUCAAAACUCUCAUUUGGUAGCAAGGAGAUAGUGGCCAUCAGCUGCACGUGGUGCAAGACGGCCUACCACAACAAGGAGUCGUGUUUCAGUAUGCAAAGGAUCGGCGAGCAGUGCUGCCUGGGCACCCACAUGGAUAUCAUCGUGCCGCCCUCGUGGAUCGUCAAGUUGCCUCGGAAAGGUUCCUUCAAGUCCUCCAUACGGAGGUCGCCAAAGAAGCGGGCUUCGACGAAAAAGAAGUCUCGCAAGGAGGGAUGUGCAGACAAGGACGCACAGCGAGCGUUUGCCAUCAAACCGAUCCCAUGCGCGUCGAGCAAGCCCCUACUGGUGUUCAUCAACCCGCGGAGUGGGGGCAACCAGGGGUCCAAGAUGAUGCAGAAGUUCCAGUGGCUUCUCAACCCACGCCAGGUCUUUGACCUCUCCGAAGGAGGUCCCAAACAGGGGCUUGAGCUGUACCGCAAGGUGAACAACCUGCGAAUACUGGCGUGCGGGGGCGACGGAACGGCGGGCUGGAUCCUGUCCGUGAUCGACGAGAUCGGCAUCGUGCCCCCGCCGCCCGUCGCGGUGCUACCCCUGGGCACCGGCAACGACCUGGCUCGCGCACUCGGCUGGGGAGGGGGUUACACAGACGAGCCUAUUUCAAAGAUACUCCAAGAUGUUCAAAAUGGGGAUAUUGUUCAGCUGGACAGGUGGGACCUAAUUGUAAAUAGAAACCCGGAGGUGGACAUCUCUCAGUGUGAAGAAGGCAAAGAGACUGUGCCUUUAAAUGUUGUGAAUAAUUAUUUCUCUAUCGGCGUGGACGCCCACAUUGCCUUGGAGUUUCACGAAGCACGCGAAGCUCACCCAGAGCGGUUCAACAGCAGGCUAAAGAACAAAAUGUUUUACGGCCAAGCAGGAGGCAAGGAUCUCCUUCAGCGAAAGUGGAAGGACCUCUGCAACUACGUCACACUGGAGUGCGAUGGCCAAGAUUACACGGGGAAGUUACGAGAGCACAAAGUACACUCCAUUCUCUUCUUGAACAUUCCCAGUUAUGGCGGUGGCACAAGACCCUGGGGGAACCCAGGGACAGCGUUUGAAAUGCCACAGACCGAUGAUGGCCUCAUUGAAGUGAUAGGCCUCACGAUCUACCAAAUGCCUUUCCUCCAGGCGGGUGGCCAUGGCACGUGCCUCUGCCAGUGCCGGAGCGCCCGUGUUGUGACGAGCAAGACCAUCCCUGUGCAAGUGGACGGGGAGCCCUGCCGCCUACUGCCGUCGCUCAUCGAGCUGCACAUGCGCAACAAGGCCUGCAUGGUCGCCAAGGCCAAGAUUCACAACCAAGUGCCAAGCCAGUUACCACUGGAAAAGCUUACCAUUGCCAUCCGAAAGCUGAACAUGGCUGAUUACGAGAAUUAUCACUAUGACAAGGAGAAGCUACGAAGCCUAUCCAUACCGAUUGGAACGUUGACCGUGAACCCUGACACCGAUCUCGAGAAUGUCAGGCUGAUGAUCAACCAGCUGUGUUCUCUGGAAGGUCCAGAUGCACAGAAUCUGUCACCGUCCAAGAGGUUCUCGCCUGACUGGUGCUUUCUGGACUCCUGCACAGCAGAGAGGUUCUUCCGCAUCGACCGAGCUCAGGAGCAGCUACACUACGUCGUCGACAUCGGUCAGGACGGCGUGUACAUCCUCGACCCGGAGCAAUCGCCGAUUGCACCGGAGCCUCCGCCACCGCCGCUGUCGUCACCCACGACAGAGGAGACCAGUGGCCUGGACAGUUCGUCCGCCUUGAAGGAGAGCGCAGAAAGCUUAGCAGCUGUAGCAGCGGCCACGAUUGCAGCCGCAGCCGCAGCUGAAGCCGAGACAAAGGAGCCAGCUCCUACGUGGAGCACUCCUACUAGCACGCAGGACAACAAGGAGCAAAAAGUUGAGGCUGGGGAACAGCCACAGCCAACUUCAUCGCACGAAGUAAUCGUGGCUGCCAAAACGGGAGAUCUCUUAAGGAUAAGGCAGCUUUGUGACAGUGGUCACAGCCUGCUGUCGACAGACGACAGCGGGAUGACGGCACUACACCACGCCGCUCGCUACGGACAAAAGGAUGUCGUCCGAUACAUUGUCGCCAGCGCACCGCCAAUGAUCUUGGAUAUUGUGGACAAAGACAGGGGACAGACGGCUCUUCACAAAGCCGCAGCAUACAAGCGGAGAACCAUCUGUUGCAUGCUCGUAGCAGCAGGAGCAUCGCUGUCCAAGGCAGACUGCCAGGGACAGACAGCGAAGCAGCUGGCUGCCAGAGCUGGCGAUGAAGACUUGGCAGCAUACCUGGAAAGCCAGGAGCACUUCGAGAGGCUCGUGCAGGAUCGGGAGACGGCCGUCUGACGACAGCUGAAUGCUGACGCCCUGCCCCGCGACGACAAGGGCCUCAGCUUUCCCCUUCCUCGGUCGUUCCUGUGGAACCACAAAGCCGCGGCUGCGAGACUGCGCUGAGCAAGCCAAGCGAAGGCUUCAGCCAAUCCGGAUCGUCGUCCUUACGUGAGACGCUGCCAGCGGGAGGCAGAGACGGGGCUGCCGGAUGAGCCCCGCCCACUCUCUGUCCAAAUCGCGGCACCUGUCAGUAGACGCCAAGUCGCGACGUUGUUGUGGCACGACGAUGGAAGGAGCUUAAAGAAAAGUGGUACAGGCCUGAGGAGCAGAGAAGGCUGGGGUUAUGGAGCAGUUGUAACGUUAGGUCAGAACGAAACGUUCAAUAGUUUAUGCCAGCCACUCACUGUGCGCACUUCUUCACGACAGGCACUUUCACCGAUGCAAUUGGCGCGAUUCGUGCCAUAGCGGGGCAGUUCGCCUUGCGUAGCCACAUUCACCGACUAGUUCGUUCCAUAGCAUUUCAUCGCGAACAUCAGUAAUGAUUACGUGUUGAGAGGUGCUUACUUCUUGUCUGGCAUAGUUACGUUUCAUUCUGACCUGGCAGUCUACUAGCCAUUCGCGUGGCAACGAGAAGAAGGCACUUCAAGCAGUUUUACCUGACUGUGUGUUUGCAUGCUAGUUUUUCCUCGCUUCAGUAAUUGUAUCCAAGAUUGUUUGUAAGCCUCGUUGGAGGAGACAUUUGGAUAAUGCUUGGAGAUCCUUUUCGAACCGCAGUCACUGCAUACAUUGGUUCCCAGUGAGCUUACUCGAUAUUCAAGAGCAAUGACCAUUUCUCGUGCUCUCGUUUGUGCAACACCUUUGUUGGAUUUUGGCUCCUCUGCAUCCAGCAGGAGCCUCUGUUUACUGGUUCUUUUGCUUGCUCGUCUGCAGCUAAGUUGGCAGUUAAGUGCCGUGAUGGCUCAUCUUUUUGGCAGCUGCCCAAGAGCUUAGAUAUUUGGUGCUUUCAAACACUGUGCUCACUUGAGUGCAAAGGAUUCUGACAAGCUACGUUCACUCAGUAUCCAAGGUACAGUGUAUCCAAUUUUACCCGUAUGCUAAUAGAUGUAGGCUUGGCACAUUCGUCGUGAGACAUGUGUGAAAAUCUUUAUUAGAGUUUGUGUUCCACGAAAACGGGGCACCUGUUUCCGCACAGGAUUCUGCCUUCACUGCAUUUUUGCCUCUCGAUGAACAUGCGAGAUGACCUAUCAUACAUCUCCAAACACGUAUACUAUCUUGACGAUUUUCGCACUUCUUUUACGGUUGCACACAUUUUUUUACCUCUUUAUGCAAGUCUCGUUAGACCACAUCUGUCGCACCAUUUUACAACUCUUAGCUUUCGGGUUUUCAAGUUUUUCUCAGCCCCUCUGAGUGUGCCGUGCUGGUCCCGAGGUCUCCAACCUAGCUAAUCUUUUGUUGAGCGCGCCGGCGACGGGCAAAUCGCCGUCGCGAAAAGAGAUCUCCUGUUCUCUUUCCUUCGAGACUUGUAAAUCGGCGCAGUCCAACACCUUCUUGCGCGAAAUCCGGUGAUAGCAGUGGCGGGCGAACGCACCAAAGCCUUCUCAACGUUCCUGCACCAAAUGUCCUCAACAACAUUGGCCUUAUAUGUCACCAGCGUGCUCCCUCCAGCGUGGUGGUGUGGGAGGCGGCGUCGGCGAUGCUAGCGCCACCUCUGGGCGAGAGACGAAACCUCGAGUGGUCCCUUUGUGGAACAGCUUCCCCCCCGUUUCACCGUGAAGCUGGUAGGGUGGGGGUGGGGAUGCAGUAGUUUCAUUGAAACGUGCUACGCUAAUAUAAAGCUCUCGCAUUACGUUGUACAAUUUUGUAUAUUUAGCCCUUGUACCAUAGUUGCGCAACUGUAGUAGAGCUAGUUGUUUCGACUGCCCCC